CUUCACUGAUGGACGCGCGUAAAUAACGCAGAAUCAGGAAACACCAAAACAAAGCGGAUUCACUUUCAUCAGCUCCCGCGCGUGUCAUGCGCUUCUUCUACUUCUUUUCUUCUCCCCGAAACUUUUCUCCAAACCUCUACACGUGUGCGUGUCUGUGUGUGUGUUGUGUGUUGUGUGUGUGUGUGUGUGUUUUCAUCCUCUUCUUCUGCACUUGUUGAGCCGCGUGUUCCCGCUCUGGAGAUGUGGUGGAUGCUGUUUCCGCGCUGGAUCUGGUUCUGGUUCCUGACGUGCGCGUCCGUGUGGAUGGAGCUGCCGCUCGCGGUUCUUCCCCAGAUCACCUACUCACACGCGGGCAUCUGCCCCAACGACAUGAACCCCAACCUGUGGGUGGACGCCAUGAGCACGUGCACGCGCGAGUGUGAAAGCGACCAGGAGUGCGAAUCCUUUGAGAAAUGUUGCCAGAACGUGUGUGGCAAUCAUAGCUGCGUGGCGGCCCGUUACAUGGACAGGAAGAAAGGCCCUGUGGGAAUGCCCAAAGAAGCCACCUGUGCCAGUUUCAUGUGCACCCAGCAGGGGUCCGAGUGCGACAUCUGGGACGGUCAGCCGGUGUGUAAGUGUCGGGACCGCUGCGAGCGCGAGCCACACUUCACCUGCGCCUCCGACGGAAUGACGUACUACAACAAGUGCUACAUGGACGCGGAGGCGUGCUCCAAGGGCAUCACGUUGUCUGUGGUCACCUGCCGCUUCCACCUCACCUGGCCCAACACCAGUCCCUCCGUACCCCAGGUGACCACUCUCCGUCCGACCACUGCUCCACUGCAGGCGACGAUCCCUCCCCCUCAGUCACCCUUCCAGGUCAGCAGUCCUGUUCAUCAGAUCGUCAAUGUAGGUGACACGGCCAGUUUCCUGUGUGACGUGACAGGACGUCCACGGCCUGAGAUAACCUGGGAGAAGAAGCUGCCGGAGGGCGUGGAGAGGGUUUUCAUGAGGCCCAAUCAUGUGCGAGGGAACCUGGUGGUCACCAACAUCGGUCAGCUAGUCAUCUACAACGCCCAGGCACAUCACUCAGGUGUGUACACCUGCAUGGCACAGAACCCGUCAGGCUCAGUGACGGUGGAUCAUCCCCUCACUGUCCUGCCCACUGAGCCACCAAAACCCCCAGAGCCAAAGAAUGUCACCCGCUGCCUGCCUGAGGAGUGCGGGAAACCCCCCGACAACCCAGAAGAUUGCGGGGGCGAGCUGGACAACCUGAGUUGGUACUUUGAACCCAAGACCAACAACUGUGUCUCCUUCACCCACUGUCACAACAACAGCCAGCAUCCAAAGAAGGUCUUUGAGACGUUUGAGGAGUGCAUGCAGUGCUGCGGUCCAGAGCUCUCGGGCCCCUGUGGCCUCCCGAGCCUGCAGGGCCCCUGUAAAGCCUAUGAGCCCCGCUGGGCUUACAGCAGCGCCCUGCGCCAGUGUCAGUCCUUCAUCUAUGGAGGGUGUGAGGGCAACACCAACAACUUUGAAUCCAAGGAAGCCUGCGAGGAAAUGUGCCCCUACCCCAAAAACCACCACUGCAAGUCCUGUAAGCCGAAAGGCAAGAUGGUGACGAGCUUCUGCCGCAGCGACUUCGUCAUCCUGGGUCACAUGACGGAACUCACGGAGGAGAGGGACUCAGGCCACGCCCUUGUGACCGUGGAGGAGAUCCUGAAGGACGAGGAGAUGGGGCUCCGCUUCUUUGGCAAGGAACCUCUGCAGGUCACCUUCCUCAACAUGGACUGGAACUGCCCGUGCCCCAACAUCACAGGCGCCGCCGCAGAGGGACAGGUCAUCGUAAUGGGCAACGUCAACGACGGCAUGGCGGUCCUACACCCAGAGAGCUAUGUGGGCGCGGCGAGUGCCCGACGCGUUCGGAAGCUGAAAGAGGUCAUCUCCAAGAACACGUGUGACAUUCUCAAAGCCAUCACCAACAGCCCUCAGUAGAGUCCCGGUCUUCCCGGAGUUUUAGAAACACGACUCGACCGCAGCUCUGGACAUUCACCGCAGGAGUGUUUCCUGCUACAUUUAAAGGGAUAGUGCAGGGUUUUUUAAAAGAAAAGUGUGGGUGUACGAAACACUGAUUGUGCUGCGCUAGCUUAGAAACGUGAUUGACAGCCAGAAACACAAGGAAAAACUGAUAUUAGAAACUGAACUAAAGACUCGCUGAAUAGAAUCUUAUAUGUUUUCUACUUCUAUCUCAGCGUUAGUCAGCGUUUUCUGGCCGAAAAGUGAAGUUUGUAAACCACUUUCUCUCCUUCACCAAAGUCCAUGGAAAAAAUAGGUGUUUUUAAGCUCCCAGGUAGACAGCAGCUGCUGGUCCACUGCUGCCUUGUUUGGUAAGUUUUUGCCACGUAAUUAAAUCUGAAAGAUGGAUUUCAAAUACAGAAGUCAUACAAUAACAUAUUUGAAUUUACUGAUGGAGGCAGCAGUGGAUCAAGAACUCCCAUUUGCUUUGUGUAAAAUUGCCGAUUUUCUCUAUGGAGUUUGGUGUGGGGCGUCAGCGGGUUUAGAAAACGUCACAAAAUUCAGUUUCCUGAUGUAAAAGAUGAAGUGGUGAACCCCGCUGGCAGCCAUGUUUUCAGUUUCAGGCUGGUUCAUCCCUUUUUAACGGCUUUCUUUGUGAUCAGGAAACCCCGUCCCUCUGCUCUGUCUCUCGGUCGCGGCGCGGCUAUCGGGGCGUUGCUGAUUGAAAAACCAUGCACGCGAGCACAGGAGACAUCCAUCACCAUCCUCUUGUUACCUCAAUCCCCAGCGGACUGUGGUGUCCCUCGCGUGUCCUGCUGCAGAGAUGGAGGUUGCAGACUCAUCGCGGUGAAGCACAAAACAGACGCACAGUUUCAUUUUCUUAAAAACCCACAAAUGAUUCACAAAUUCUUGCCUUUUUAACGUCACAUGUUUAUUUCCCAGCAGCACCUGUGCACAUAUGAGUUGUAAUAUAUUUUAUAUUUACCACCAUUCAUUCAUUUAUUAUUAUUAUUCUUUUUUUUUUAUCACUUUAUUUUUUGGCUAUUUAUUAUCGUGUGAGCUUUCCUUGUCUUUUGUUUUUGCACCUUCACUCUCUCUGUGCAGAGGAAAAUAAAGA